AUGACUUCUCCCAGAACUCUCGACUUUCCUCUUCCUCCUCGUCGUGGCUCAGUUCCCACCGACAUCCGGAGUCCGACAUUGGCAUCGUUUGUUCCUCCACCAAAUACUUCUCAGCAGCAGCAACAGCAACAGCAACAGCAGCAACUUGCUCGUAUUCUGGAACUUACAAAUCGUUAUCGUACACAGACAGUAACACUCUUGGCACGUCAGGAAGCUCUUUCCACAGAGCAGAAGCAGGUAUUUGAACUUGAACGGCAGCUAUGGGUUACGGAACGACAGAUAUGGGAGGAAGAAAGGCGGUUACUUGCUCCGGGGUUUACUGGCGGUAAUGUUGUGGCUGCCACGCCUGCCGUGGCCGUGGCCGUCAAUGGAGAUAAGGGCCUGGAUUCGAGCGCUUCGGUACAAUCGGCACCAUUGAACAACCCAACACGGUUUUUGAGUGUUAGUUCCAUGGCUGAAUCGUUAGCAGCAGCGGAAACGGCGGCGGGUGCUAUGCUGCCGCCACCUGUACCUGCAUCGCUGCCGGAGCCAGUCGCGAGCGUGAGGAAGCGAGAUAGUACCGGUUUACGGAUGAACUGGUACCUAAAGCAUGGGAUGUCGCAUGGUGCAGAUAGCUCUUCCAUGCCUAACGAAAGCGUUUCGCCCAAGGGUACCAGGAAUGGCAAGCUUGAUAGUCCACGAUAUGCACCAUCAAACGAUCUCGGAAAGAUUAGUCGAACGAUAUCCGAGGCUGAUGGAGAAGGAGAGGAGGAUUUCGAGAUCCCAUCUUCUUUAAUAGCCGAGGCUACGAAACUUAUAUAUGGUGACAGGCCUAGCAAACGAGGGUCAUUCAGCAGCAAUUCCACCGCUACAAAGCGUCCUGUUCCAGCCCUUUUCAAGACUCUGGCAUCCGAUAACCAAGAUGUGAAGAGUGUUCGACGUGCCUCUUCAUCGAUAUAUCCUUCCUCAAAAACGGCCAAAUAUCUGACGGCGUUCUCAGAUGACGGGUUGUCCGAUGAGGAACCGGAUCCUUACGAAGCCUCCCGCCGCAGCCAGAAACAUAGGAAACGAAGCGCUUCGCAAACAGAUAAGCCAAACCAAGAAGCGGAUAUUCCCUUAAAGCUGCGACCUUCGUCAAAUUUCGCUGCGGCGUUCGGAUCUGUAGGCGCACGGGGUGGGACGCAAAAUCAGCAACAGCAACAAAACCUUGCACCACCACCACCCCCGCGUCAGGGAUCUGUCUCUAUAUCAUUCUAUCACCCCGAAACGCCAGUAGACAGCUUCAAUAGUCCGAAUAGCUUUAAGGAAGCAAACUGGAGCGGGCAACCCGCCAGUAGUGUACCUAGACUUCCCGAGAAUAGCGUGGGAGGCGAUAGCUUGCAAUCUAGCCGAACGGUUAAACCCACGGUCGAGCCUAUAAACGUUAAAUCUGCACCCUGGGGAGUGACUUCCACCAACAUUACUUCCUCGCCGACAUUUGGGAAUACCGCCGGAAAUGGAUUAAAAACUUCGCCGGGUGGGCUUACAAGUUCGUUUAGCAUUGGGUCUAAUCAAAAUUCGCCUGUGACGAGACAUCCUAUUCUUACGACCGCAGCUUUAGGCGCGAAGGAAAGCGAUAAGUUCUCAAUUGCCUCCUCAAGAUACUCCCAGGACGAAGAUGGUGUUAUAAACGAAGGCCAUGUCCAUCACGAUAGCUACCAAAGCCAUCGCAAUCAUAAGAUCGCAAACAAACAGACUGGUUCGAGUAACGGAAAUGAGAAGAAGACUUCGCCACCAACGUAUAUCUGGACUCCUCCACCGCCAUUGCCAACUUCGCAGCUCCCAAUAUCACCUACGACUAGUCCGAUGGGUACAGGUUUAUACGGAAACACAAUAUUGCUUUCACCGAGUACCAUCGCACCGAGUAUGAAGACUUCAAAUCCAAGACUUUCGGCUGUCGGAGGCGUGAUGCCACGGAGCCCUACUAGCUCAAGCCCGCCCAUGGGCAGGAUGGGGACUAGUAGUAUGCUACUUAGUGUUUCUAGUCGUAGCGAGGGUGGUGAUGACUUAGACGAUGACGUUGAAGAAGGCGAUAUGGGGGAUAUUGAGAUCGAUACGGAUGACGAAGAUGAUGGAGAUGUUGUAGAGAUCACAAAUGUCGGGAGGGCUACAGGAAGGGUCAAGAGCCCCGAAAUGGUUCUAGGAGGGAGGAUAAAGAGCCCAGAACCAAGAUUAGGAGGACCUAAUGCAGGGAAUAUCCAUACCGUGGUGAAGAAAGCGCAAAGAAUGGACUAUUCAGGCCCACCUGUGGAGAUCGUGAGGGAUAACAGUCGAUGGGGGAAUGUACUCCCUGGUGGAAUGAUUUAA